GCCCACCCCUAGCCCAUGCGAAGCGGCAGCCGCCGGCGCCGGCACCGCCCCCUCCGCGCUCCCGCGUGCCGCAGCCCGCGUCGUUUGCCGCCACCGCGCGCCUUCACUGACCUAUACCGCCGCUGCUGCCGCCGCCGCCGGGCUCGCUGGCUGGCCCGGUGCGGGCGGCGGACUCCCGCCGGAGAGGACUGCCAGCGCCGCCGCCGCCGCCGCUUCGGCCCGGGCCCGGACCCGGGCCCCUACCCCGUCCCGGGCCCCAGCGCCGGCCGCCCGCCCGGUCGGGCGAUGAAGUGUCACUAUGAGGCGCUGGGGGUGCGGCGCGACGCCAGCGAGGAGGAGCUCAAGAAGGCCUAUCGGAAGCUGGCCCUGAAAUGGCACCCGGAUAAAAAUCUGGAUAAUGCCGCAGAAGCAGCUGAACAAUUUAAAUUAAUCCAAGCAGCGUAUGAUGUGUUGAGUGACCCUCAGGAAAGAGCAUGGUAUGAUAAUCAUAGAGAGGCCCUACUUAAAGGUGGGCUUGAUGGCGAAUAUCAAGAUGACAGCUUAGAUUUGCUACACUAUUUCACUGUUACCUGUUAUUCUGGUUAUGGAGAUGAUGAAAAGGGAUUUUACACGGUGUAUCGUAAUGUUUUUGAAAUGAUUGCCAAGGAAGAACUAGAAUCUGUGUUAGAGGAAGAGGUUGAUGAUUUCCCAACUUUUGGAGACUCCCAGAGUGACUAUGAUACGGUAGUCCAUCCUUUCUACGCUUAUUGGCAGAGUUUCUGCACUCAAAAGAAUUUUGCAUGGAAGGAAGAAUAUGAUACACGACAAGCUUCAAACCGCUGGGAAAAACGAGCCAUGGAAAAAGAAAACAAAAAGAUUCGGGACAAAGCAAGGAAAGAGAAGAAUGAGCUUGUCCGUCAGCUGGUAGCUUUCAUUCGUAAAAGAGAUAAAAGAGUGCAGGCGCAUCGAAAACUUGUGGAAGAACAGAAUGCAGAGAAGGCGAGGAAAGCCGAAGAGAUGAGGCGGCAGCAGAAGCUAAAGCAGGCCAAACUGGCGGAGCAGUACAGAGAACAGAGCUGGAUGACUAUGGCCAAUUUGGAGAAGGAGCUCCAGGAGAUGGAGGCACGGUACGAGAAGGAGUUUGGAGAUGGAUCAGAUGAAAACGAAAUGGAAGAACAUGAACUCAAAGAUGGGGAGGAUGGUAAAGACAGUGAUGAGGCCGAGGACACUGAGCUCUAUGAUGACCUCUACUGCCCAGCAUGUGACAAAUCGUUCAAGACAGAAAAGGCCAUGAAGAAUCAUGAGAAGUCAAAGAAGCAUCGGGAAAUGGUGGCCUUGCUAAAACAACAGCUGGAGGAGGAGGAAGAAAAUUUUUCAAGACCUCAAAUUGUUGAAAAUCCAUUAGAUGACAAUUCUGAGGAAGAAAUGGAAGAUGCACCAAAACAAAAGCUUUCUAAAAAACAGAAGAAAAAGAAACAGAAACCAGCACAGAAUUAUGAUGACAAUUUCAAUGUAAAUGGAACUGGAGAAGGAGUAAAGGUUGAUCCAGAAGAUACUAACUUAAAUCAAGGCAGUGCCAAAGAAUUGGAAGAUAGUCCCCAGGAAAAUGUCAGUGUCAAAGAGAUCAUUAAACCAUGUGAUGAUCCAAAAAGUGAAGCUGAAAGUGUUCCUAAACCCAAAGGAAAGAAAACCAAAGAUAUGAAAAAACCUGUCAAAGUACCUGCUGAACCACAAACAAUGAGUGAUGUUCUUAUCAGCUGUACAACCUGCCAUAGUGAAUUUCCAUCUCGGAAUAAACUUUUUGACCAUCUAAAGGCCACAGGUCAUGCAAGAGCACCUUCAUCAUCGUCUUUAAACAGUGCAACAAGUAGUCGGAGCAAGAAAGAGAAACGUAAAAACAGAUAGAGAUUCUGCUGUGCUUUUGUUUGACUGUCUCUAGAUUUUGAAACCAAAAAACUGAACUGAAAUCAUCUAAAGAGUUAAAAUUUCGGUGAUCUGCAAUUAAUUACAUUGUGGAAGAUUAUUUUUUAUCUUGUAAAAACAUUUUUUUGGUUUAAUAUAUAUUUUUAAAACAUUUCACUAGUGAUUGAAUUCUACUUUUGCCAUCUGAAUUGACUUGAAUGUCUUAAAACAGGUAAAUACUGUAAAGUGUGUAUUCUUGAUGUUCGUUGGCUCAUGUGGACAGAAAUGUACAGGGAGAAUUACAUUAACACAUAGAAGUGCUCCUUUCUGCUUUAUUUUCUGAAUUUCACAUUACUUUUACUUUUGUAUUUUGUUAAUACUUCAUAAUAUGUGAAAAACUCGGAUCUUUUAAAAAGCAUCAUAGAUCAUUUUUCCACAUGACACUGGUUCCGAUUUUAAAAAUUAUUUUUAAAUAACUGAUUAUUGAUUACUGUAUUUUUUUUCUCAAGAACAGUGAUAGGUAGAAACUAAUUGAACAUUUGUGGUUGUCUUUCAAGAAUAGUAUCUCUUCAAGGUUUUACUUGAUUUAAUUUGAUAUUUUACUGGCUUACCAGUAAGGUGUAUUGUUCAGUUUUUUGCUCUGAUUUGAAUUGUGGAGGUGGAAGCAAAUUAGUUUACAUGGCAUGUCCUCCCUAGGCACGGUGACAGCUGUAAAGUAUGACGGAACAAGGUAGCAGAUGGUACAGAAUUUAUACUAUUUAACAAGAGAUGUGGUGUUCUUCAUUGAGUUUUUUUCUUCACUAUUUUCAGAAGUUUUUGUUCUUUUUUUUUUUCCAUCACUCAAUGGAGAAAAACUUUGUUAAUGAAAGAUUUUGUGAUAGAGCUGAUGCUUAUACCAUCUAUUCUAUAGCAAUGAUGAAUAUUAACACAAAAGUGAUAUGGAGAACUGUUAUAACUGAGUGUUAGAACAGUCGUGUACAUCGAUCAGUAUUGAGUCCAUUUUUAGGAUGGAUUAGUCAAUUCUUUUAAUUGGUCUUGAAAGUAAUUUUAAACUCACUGGCUUGAAAUGUAUACUUUCUGUACAAUGAAGUUAUUGCUUUCCAUAUAUCCUUGAAUCUUCAGAUUAACGAAAUGAACGAAUUUUCGGUUAUAGAUCAGCUCUAACACACUAAAGUCCUUAAUGGCAAGGUCUUUUCUGAUAGCUUCAUGGAUAGUAUUGAUGAUCAGGUUUCUUCUGUGUUAUUGACUUAAAAAUAAGCAUUUGAACCUUUAUUUAAAUUUUUUUCUUUUCCAUUUAGAGAUAUAUUUUUUUCUUUACCUUCAUACCUUUCUAUUUCUCUCUAAUUUCUAUCACUAAUUCCUUAUAAUUGUCCCUGCUCCCCUUCUUGAUCUCUUCAGGGGGAAUACUAGCCAGUUUUGUAUUUUCUGAUCUCUUACCCUGAGACUUCAUCUGAAUGUGCUCUGCUGCCUUCUUAUCUGAACCAGAUGAAUUGGCCAUAAUUAUGAAUAGGAAUAUUAAUGAACCAGAGGACAUACUAGUCACAUGUUAUUAUACACUAAAAAAUAGGAAGUCAUCUUGAAAGGCAGUUAAUGUACUGCAAAUGUCCCUUAUGACUUCUUUGCUUUCUCUUGUACCAAACAUGCAGGUAUUUAAUUUGUUUAAUGAGGGUUGAGUGGAGUUACGUGUCGCUUUUAUUCGGAUUGAUGAAAAUCAACCAUAAUUUUCAAGGGAUUUUCAUGAGUUGUGACUUGAAGCUGACCUUAGUCUUGCGUCUCAUCCUUUAUGAUGUUGAGAAAUCAUCUAAUUUCUCAGAACUUUUUCUUAUCUCUAACACAGUUCUUACCAUAAUAAUAUUGUCUCCAUUUAUCAUACAGGAUCAUUAUGAAGGUAAAAUGAAAUAGUAUAUAUGAAAAUACUUUUUAAACACAAAAGCUUUAUACAAAAUAUUGUUGAAUUUAAAUAAGGUAAAUCUUUUUUAAUUUAUAUAUUUGCAGACUAUACAUGUUGGAUUAAAUGAGCAAUUAAGUUUUAUAGGAAUUUGCUUCCUAAGUCUACUUCUGAAGAGGAAAACAGGAACAUACCAUAUAUUAUGCUAAGGGUAAAAUAUUUUUGGUGAAUUGCAGACAUUUAAUUUCACUUGUCUGAGGUAAAACAAUAUUCUAAAAUACGUGGGCAUGCAUCUUACACUGAUCUCAUUAGAGGUCAGUGCUAAGUACCCAUCUUGAUUGAAGUUAGCUCAGAUGUGGAGAUUCAUAGAAUGAGGGUCCAGGAGGAGAGAGUUAGGGGAAAUCUCAUUUUCUUUCUGUAAUUCAUUCAGUGGUGCCAAAGCUGGGAGGUUCCCUACAAUGGCUAUUUAGACUUUCCCUGCUUCAAAAUAAGAGCAGUAUCCUUAGCUCUAGCCAAGCAUUCUUCUAAUUCCUGCCUUUGGUCACAAAGAAGAAAAAGCAGAGCUGUGAAUGAAUUAGUGGAAGUCAGUCACAUCAGAGUUCAUGACCUAGUGAUUGCUGGUGAAGUAAUAUUGGAAUUUUGGUACCAUGAGAAGACUUAUAAAGGAUUUCAUCAGAAGUUUUCAUUUUUCUAAAUCUUCCCGUACAAAAUUUUCAGAUUGGAAAUUACUCUUGUAUUUGUAGAAGAUUGUCUCUAAAAUUGUGGUUUAACUCACGCAGGAAGUAGAAUUCUUAUAGCAUGACAUAGUUUCACUUUAGAGGACCCCCAAAAUCCCGUGAAUUCUCUGGUGAUGAUUCUAGCCUAACCUUCAACAUAAAAUAAUGAAGAGAACUUUUAAACUCUUUUAUGAAUUCCUAAACAUUACCAUUUAUGUGGCAGAAGUUCUGUUCCCUAUAAUCUGCAAUGCUGAAGUAUCUCUAUUCAAUUCCCUUCCUUAUCUGUCAAGUUUAAUGUCUUUAUACUAAAAAUAUAGGCCCUUGGGAUUGGAGAGGAAAAAUAGAGGUGAUUUUCAGAUUUCUUGUUCCAUGGAAGAGGAAGCUGAGCUCAGGGAGAUAAUGAGCUCCACAGCCACAGCUGGUUAGGGGCAGCUGCCAGUGGAACAGGGCAGAUGCCUGGACUCCCAACUCAGUAGGCCUUCUGUUACACCUCAAAAUGUCUUACAUGGGAACAAAAAGAUUACUUUUAAGAAAAAGCAAGAUAAUUUUGAAGAAGGACGAGAGGAAGAGGCAUGAACUUGUCCUAACAAUGUCAAAGAAUAUUUUAAAGGUGUACCAGUUAAAGUAGUGUGUGGCUGGUGCCAGUAGAGGUCAGUCAAGGGAUCCCUUAUGAGAAUAAAGAGCCCAGAAACAGGUCCAUGUUUAUAUGGGAACUUGAUUUUUGACAGAUACAGCAAGCUCUAUGGGGAAAACAAUAUGUACUACCUUAUACCCUUCCCCAAAAACAAAGGAAUUAAAGACCUAAAUAUGAAAACAAAA